AUGUGGUGGAUGCUGUUUCCACGGUGGAUCUGGUUCCUGGUCUGUGUGUCAGUGUGGAUGGAGGUCCAGGUCGGAGUUCGGCCCCAAAUCACCUACUCACACGCGGGAAUCUGCCCGAAUGACAUGAACCCCAACCUGUGGGUGGACGCCAUGAGCACCUGCACGCGAGAGUGCGACACCGACCAGGAGUGCGAGUCCUUCGAGAAGUGUUGCCAGAAUGUGUGUGGUAAUCACAGCUGUGUGGCGGCUCGUUACGUGGACGGGCAGAAAGGCCCCAUGGGAAUGCCGAAGGAAGCCACCUGCGCCAGCUUCAUGUGCACCCAGCAGGGGUCCGAGUGCGACAUCUGGGACGGGCAGCCGGUGUGUAAAUGCCGCGACCGCUGUGAGAGGGAGCCGCACUUCACCUGCGCCUCCGACGGCAUGACCUACUACAACAAGUGCUACAUGGACGCGGAGGCGUGCUCCAAAGGCAUCACCCUGUCUGUAGUCACCUGCCGCUUCCACCUCACCUGGCCCAACACCAGCCCCUCGUUGCCCCAGGCGACCACCCUCCGCCCCACCACCGCUCCCCUUCAGGCGACUGUCCCCCCCCCCCAGCCACCAAUCGAGGUCAGCAGCCCCGUGCACCAGACGGUGAGCGUGGGCGACACGGCCAGCUUCCUGUGUGACGUGACGGGUCGCCCCAGGCCCGAGAUCACCUGGGAGAAGCAGCUGCCUGAGGGGGCGGAGAAGGUGGUCAUGAGGCCCAAUCACGUGCGAGGAAACAUGGUGGUCACCAACAUCGGUCAGCUGGUCAUCUACAACGCUCAGCCGCAUGACUCAGGCGUCUACACCUGUACGGCCCAGAACCCGUCCGGCUCGGUGCGGGCCAACCACCCGCUCACGGUGCUGCCCACAGAGCCGCCCAAAACCCCCGAGCCCAAGAACGUGAGCCGCUGCCUGCCUGAGGAGUGUCUGAAGCCCCCCGAUAACCCAGAGGAUUGUGGGAGUGAGCUGGAGAGAGUCAGCUGGUACUACGAGCCCAAGGCCAACAACUGCUUCUCCUUCACCCACUGUCACAGCGACCACAGCCAGCAGCCGGCGAAGGCCUUCGACACGUAUGAGAAGUGCGUACAGUGCUGCGGCCCCGAGCUCACGGGCCCCUGCGGCCUCCCCAGCCUGCAGGGCCCCUGUAAAGCCUACGAGCCGCGCUGGGCCUACAGCAGCGUGCUGCGUCAGUGUCAGUCCUUCAUCUACGGAGGAUGUGACGGCAACGACAACAACUUUGAAUCUAAGGAAGCCUGCGAGGAAAUGUGCCCCUUCCCCAAAAACCACCACUGCAAGUCCUGCAAGCCCCGAGGCAAGAUCGUGACGAGCUUCUGCCGCAGCGACUUCGUCGUCCUGGGUCGCAUGACGGAGCUCACAGAGGAGAAGGACUCGGGCCACGCCCUCGUGACGGUGGAGGAGAUCCUGAAGGACGAGAAGAUGGGGCUCCGCUUCUUUGGCAAGGAGCCGCUGCAGGUCACCUUCCUCAACAUGGACUGGAACUGCCCCUGCCCCAACAUCACGGGCGCCGCCGCCGAGGGUCAGGUCAUCAUCAUGGGCAACGUCAACGACGGCAUGGCGGUCCUUCAGCCGGAGAGCUACGUGGGAGCUUCCAGCCCUCGCCGCGUACGGAAGCUGAGAGAGGUCAUCUCUAAGAACACGUGUGACAUUCUGAAAGCGAUCACCAACAGCCCUCAGUAG